UUGUAUUAUCAAGAUGGCGUCGUCGGAUUUGGGAACGAAUAACCACACCGAACAGAAACUGGAAUUUUCACUGGAAGUCCCUUUACCGUCUGCGCGUGAAGCGCACAUAGCUCUGCAGUCUCUGUCCCCUGAUCGCGAGCCACGGAAAGGGGGGAUUACGAAGAAACUCAGUGCAUCGGGGAACAUGUUGUCUGCACACUGGACGGCAGAUGAGGCUCGUAUUCUCCGUGUUUCAGUCGGGUCGUUUCUGGAUCAUCUAUCGCUGGUUUUGGAGACUAUGGAUGCAUUUGGACCUCCUGCUCCACAAUAACACUCUGGCUAUGAUAGUGAUCAGGAAAAGGUGCUGAGCUGGUCUUAUGCAGUGGACAUUACCAGUAAGGGAUUAAACCAGGAAUCCACCACUGUCAGGGUGGCAGUAACGCGAGAAAGAGUUGUCCUGAAUUGGUCCUACUGGGUGGUAAAUCAGGGUUGUUCAACUCUGACUCUCACAUUCAGAGACCAUGCUUGGUAUUACUGUUGCCCUUUAGAUAAGGACAAACGUCUACAUGGGAGUCAGUUUUGUGCAUUUUUCAGCCAUCAUAGACACACAGUUCCGUGGAUUUCUCGAACAGAGUUGAAUGGCACUAGUCCUCAAGAUGGGUUUACUGGUUUGACACAGA